AUGAUUAACUAAAUCAAUCCAUUAGAUGAAGCAUUAAUUGAAAAAAUAAAAGGACUUGAGUAACAAAUAGCAUAGAAAGAUAGAGAAUAAUAUAUAAUUCUAAAUAAUUUAUAAAGAAAAAAUAGAGAAUUGAAAAACUAAUAUCAAUAAACAUAACGACAAAAUAUGGGUAGUUAUUACAUUAUAUUAUUUCAAGAUACUAAAAAAGAAGUAUUAUAAUUAUAAUCCAAGAAUGAUCAUUUCAAAUUUCAAGUUGAAAACUAUUCAAAUGAAAUUCACGAUUUAAAAUAAAAGCAAUAAUAAUUUUUAAAUGAAUAAGAAUUUUUAUCUUAAGAAAUUAAAUAUUUAAAAACCGAACUCAAAUAGGAUUAACUAACAGAAUAAGAAAUACUAAAAAAAAAUGAAUAAAUCAAGCGUUUACAAAACACAAUUAAUGAAUUAGAAAAAUAAUUAAGAUUUUUGUAACAAAAUUAGUAAUAAAAUUAAUAAUAAUUAUAUUAAACUUAAUAAUAAUUAAAUACAAACAUAUCAACAUGUUAAUUGCACUCAAAAAAUGAAGAAAUCAAAAUACCUGUGUAUGUUCCAAUAAUAGAAUAACCAAAAUAUUUAGAAUAUUAACCAAUUAAAGUAUGUUUCUAUAUAAAUUUUAGUAAUAUCAAAUAGAAAAGAUUAUCGAGACAACUACUAAUUCUAAUUACUAAAAACCAUAAUCAGUUUAUUUGUAACCAAUUCAUUAUACAACUUAAUAACAUUGGGUUUCCAUGCAACCUACUCAUAGUCACCAUUAUCAUAAUUCUUGCCAAUCAAUUAAUGGAUAUAAAUAUUAAUAUCUUUGA